GAUAAUAGACGGGAAGAGCACGCGGCGGUUCUGGCAGCUGGGUACUGUCGAUUGAAUUUACUCAUUAUUUUUGAAGUUUUACUUAUUUGUGGAAGUAAGGAAUAUGGAGGAAAAAGCUACUGAAAGGAUUCUAUUAGAACCAUACAAUUACCUGCUACAGCUACCAGGGAAACAAGUCCGUACUAAACUUUCUCAAGCAUUCAAUCACUGGCUCAAUGUACCUGAGGAUAAACUUCAGGCAUCAAAGCAAAGGACACAGAUUGAACAAACUCCUCAAAAAGGCGGUUGUUGGCUCUGUGCUCUUCACCCUGAAGGAGGUAGUCAGGGAGAGAAUACUGGCAAAACCGCUGGCAAUUAAGGACAAAAAGACUCACCCCCUCCAUAAAACACUGGACAAGCAUAAGGAGCAGCUUUAGCUACAGGCUCAUUCAACCCUGCUGCUCAAAGAUAAUCAUUGAGGUAACGGAAAUGCUGCACAAUGCUAGUCUUCUGAUUGAUGACAUCGAGGACAGCUCCAAGUUGCGCCGUGGUUUCCCUGUUGCUCAUAGCAUCUACGGCGUUCCAUCUGUUAUUAACUCUGCAAACUAUGUCUACUUCCUGGGUCUAGAGAAGGUGCUGACACUAAAACACCCUGAGGCUGUGCAUGUAUUUACUCGCCAGCUGCUGGAGCUACACCGUGGCCAGGGUCUGGACAUCCACUGGCGUGACACAUACACUUGCCCAAGCGAAGCAGAGUACUGUGGCAUGGUACUGUGCAAGACUGGAGGAUUAUUUGGCCUAGCAGUGGGCCUCAUGCAGCUUUUCUCAGAAUGGAGCUGUGACCUUAAGCCCCUACUAGACGCACUUGGACUCUUGUUCCAGAUACGUGAUGACUAUGCUAACCUCUGUUCACGUGAGUAUGGUGCGAACAAGAGCUUCUGUGAAGACCUGACCGAGGGCAAAUUCUCCUUUCCCACCAUCCAUGCUAUCCAUACUCAGCUCCAUAGCACACAAGUGCAGAACAUCCUACGUCAGCGCACUGAGGAUGAAGAUGUCAAGCGUUAUUGUGUUGAUUAUUUGGAGAAGGUGGGCUCCUUUGCUUACACUAGGCAGAAGCUGCAUGAGCUGGAGAAGGAGGCAUAUAGGCAAAUUGCAGAAUUGGGGGGGAACCCAGAGCUGGAGGGACUUAUAGAACAUCUCAGCCACAUUUACAAGGAAUGAGAGGAAGCAGCAUCUUUUGAUCACCAUGUUCAGAUAAACGCUGUCCACAAAAUAGAGCCGUAUCACUCCUGAUUUUCUUAUCCUUUUCCGAACUCCUCUCAGUUCAUUUUUAUUACAAAAUGUUAAUUUUGGCAACAGUGAGAUUAAAUGGUAUUCAUUAAUGCAUUUUCCCCCAAUUAAUUCACCUAAUUUUAGAAAUCAGUUCUGUUGUUACCAUGUCUUAGGAGGGCAACAAAGACACGUAGGCCAAAUGUCCUGUGUUGAGCAAAAGCUAAAGAACUGACCCUGCCUUUCCAGUACUUUCAGAGGGGAUUGUAAAUGUGCUGAUUAGUUUAUUAUACAUUUUCUUUUCAGUGGAAUUGUACGCUAUUUGUUUAAGGUGGAUUUUACCUUUUGUUUAUAUUCAGUACACUGGCAAACCAUAGUGCCAUGAACAAUGUAGUAACUUUUACAAUAAAUCAGAAGAAAGAUAUAUGUAC